CUGAAGUGCAGCGUUUCAGAAACCCGGGAAACAGCUCCGUCUGCAGCCAGGCGACUGUACAUCUUUGAAACUGUCUGGUGUCUGGGUGGAGGAUACAUAAGCAUACCUUCUGUAGUCCUCUGAGUCCCCUCUGGGGUGUGUUGCAGAGAUGAGUUCGGAUGCUGAGAUGAGUGUGUUUGGGGAGGCUGCCACAUACCUGAGGAGACCUGAACGAGAGAGAAUCGAAUCCCAGAACAGGCCCUUUGAUGCUAAGAGUGCAGUGUUUGUGGUGGAUCCAAAAGAGCUGUUUGUCAAAGGCACUCUGCAGAGCAGAGACGGCGGCACAGCCACUGUUAAGACUGAUGCAGGACAGGUUGUAACGGUGAAGGAUGCCGAAGUCUUCCCCAUGAACCCGCCGAAGUUCGACAAGAUCGAGGACAUGGCCAUGAUGACCCACCUCAAUGAGGCCGCUGUGCUGUACAACCUCAAAGAGCGUUAUGCAGCGUGGAUGAUCUAUACCUACUCUGGGCUCUUCUGUGUGACCGUGAAUCCUUACAAGUGGCUCCCGGUGUACAAUCAAGAGGUAGUGGUGGCCUACAGAGGUAAAAAGCGCCAGGAGGCUCCACCACACAUCUUCUCCAUCUCUGACAACGCCUAUCAGUUCAUGCUUACUGACAGAGAAAACCAGUCCGUCCUCAUCACUGGAGAAUCUGGUGCAGGAAAGACUGUCAACACCAAGCGGGUCAUCCAGUACUUUGCGACAAUCGCAGGGUCUGGGGACAGGAAGAAAGAUGCUGCUGCCUCUGGAAAAUUACAUGGGAAUCUGGAGGAUCAGAUAAUUUCUGCUAACCCGCUACUAGAAGCCUUUGGAAAUGCCAAAACUGUCAGAAAUGAUAACUCGUCACGUUUUGGCAAGUUCAUAAGAAUCCACUUUGGUACUACAGGGAAACUGUCUUCUGCUGACAUAGAAACGUACUUGUUGGAAAAAUCCAGAGUAACAUUUCAGCUGUCUGCAGAGAGGAGUUACCAUAUUUUCUACCAGAUCAUGUCCAACAGGAAGCCUGAGCUGAUAGAGACUCUCCUCAUCACCACCAACCCAUACGACUACCCAUUUGUUAGCCAAGGGGAGAUCUGCGUGGCCAGUAUUGAUGACAGCGAGGAGCUGACGGCCACAGACAGCGCUAUCGAUAUCCUAGGCUUCACUGGAGAGGAGAGGAUUGGCAUCUACAAGCUAACAGGUGCUGUGAUGCAUUAUGGAAAUAUGAAGUUCAAGCAGAAGCAGAGAGAAGAGCAAGCGGAGCCAGAUGGAACAGAGGUGGCUGACAGAGCAGCUUACCUGAUGGGUCUGAACACUGCAGACCUGCUCAAAGCACUGUGUUACCCGAGAGUGAAGGUUGGGAAUGAGUAUGUGACCAAAGGGCAGACUGUUCAGCAGGUCUACAACUCUAUUGGUGCUUUGGCCAAAUCAGUCUAUGAGAAGAUGUUUCUGUGGAUGGUCCUCCGCAUUAAUCAGAUGUUGGACACCAAGCAGCCCAGGCAGUUCUUUAUCGGGGUCCUGGACAUCGCUGGGUUUGAAAUCUUUGAUUAUAACAGUCUGGAGCAGCUGUGCAUCAACUUCACCAAUGAGAAACUGCAACAGUUCUUUAACCAUCACAUGUUUGUGCUGGAGCAAGAAGAGUAUAAGAAGGAAGGCAUUGAGUGGGAGUUCAUUGACUUUGGGAUGGACCUAGCUGCCUGUAUAGAGCUCAUUGAAAAGCCAAUGGGCAUCUUCUCCAUCCUUGAAGAGGAGUGUAUGUUUCCCAAGGCGUCAGAUGCCACCUUCAAAAACAAGCUGUAUGACCAACAUCUUGGAAAAUCUAACAACUUCCAGAAGCCCAAGCCUGUCAAAGGCAAGGCCGAGGCUCACUUCUCCCUGGUGCACUAUGCUGGCACUGUGGACUACAGCAUCACAGGCUGGCUGGACAAGAACAAGGAUCCACUGAAUGAUACUGUAGUCCAGCUCUAUCAGAAAGCCAGCCUCAAACUACUGGCUUUCCUAUAUUCUACCUACUCUGCAUCUGAUGGUGCUACUGGUGGAGCUGGUGCUAAGAAAGCAGCAAAAAAGAAGGGUUCAUCCUUCCAGACUGUGUCAGCUCUGUUCAGGGAGAACCUGGGAAAGCUCACGACAAAUCUCAGGAGUACCUAUCCUCAUUUUGUUAGGUGCCUGAUUCCAAAUGAAACCAAAACUCCAGGGAUUAUGGAACACCAUCUGGUUAUCCAUCAGCUGCGAUGUAACGGUGUGCUGGAAGGAAUCAGGAUCUGUAGGAAAGGUUUCCCCAGCAGAAUCCAGUAUGGAGAUUUCAAGCAAAGGUACAAAGUACUGAAUGCUAGUGUGAUACCAGAGGGACAAUUCAUUGACAACAAGAAAGCUGCUGAGAAACUCUUGGGGUCUAUUGAUGUGGACCACACACAGUAUAAGUUUGGGCAUACCAAGGUGUUCUUCAAAGCCGGACUCUUGGGUCUACUUGAGGAGAUGAGGGAUGAAAAAUUGGCCUCUCUCGUCACCAUUACCCAAGCCUUGUGUCGGGGCUUCCUCAGAAGGAAGGAGUUUCAGAAAAUGAUGGAGAGAAGAGAGUCCAUUUAUAUUGUCCAAUACAACAUUCGCUCUUUCAUGAAUGUGAAGCACUGGCCAUGGAUGAAGCUCUACUUUAAGAUCAAGCCACUCUUGAGGAGUGCUGAGACCGAGAAGGAGAUGACCAUGAUGAAAGUGGAGUUCACCAAGUGUAAGGACGAUUUAGCCAAAUCUGAAACUAAGAGGAAGGAACUGGAAGUCAAAAUGGUUUCCUUGCUUCAGGAGAAGAACAACUUGUGUUUGCAGAUUCAGUCUGAAAGUGAACGUCUGGCCGAUGCAGAGGAAAGAUGUGAGGGGCUGAUUAAGAACAAGAUUUUACUGGAGGCCAAAGCCAAAGAACUCAGUGAGAGACUGGAGGAUGAGGAGGAGGUCAAUGCCGAGCUGACCGCCAAGAAGAGGAAGCUGGAGGACGAGUCCUCUGAGCUAAAGAAAGACAUUGAUGACUUGGAGCUCACCUUGGCUAAAGUGGAGCAAGAAAAACAUGCCACUGAAAACAAAGUGAAGAAUCUGACUGAGGAGAUGUCUUCUCUAGACGAUACCGUUGCCAAGUUAUCCAAGGAGAAGCUGGCCCUGCAGGAGGCCCACCAGCAGACACUGGAAGACCUGCAAGCAGAGGAAGACAAAGUCAACUCUUUGACCAAAGCUAAAACCAAGCUGGAGCAACAAGUGGAUGAUCUUGAAGGCUCUCUGGAACAAGAAAAAAAGGUACGGAUGGAUGUCGAGAGAGCCAAAAGAAAGCUUGAAGGAGAUCUAAAACUAAGUCAAGACUCCAUAAUGGAUUUGGAAAAUGACAAGCAACAGCUGGAGGAGUGUCUUAAAAAGAAAGACUUUGAAUUCAUCCAACUUGUAGCCAAACUUGAGGAUGAGCAGAGUAUGGCUGUGCAAUCUCAGAAGAGGAUCAAGGAGCUUCAGGCCCGCAUUGAAGAGCUGGAAGAGGAGAUAGAAGCAGAGCGUAUUGCCAGAGCUAAGGUGGAAAAGCAAAGGUCUGAUCUCUCCAGGGAGCUCGACGAGAUCAGUGAGAGGCUGGAGGAGGCCGGAGGAGCCACCGCCACUCAGGUAGAGAUGAACAAGAAGCAAGAGGCCGAGUUUCAGAAACUGAGACGAGACCUGGAAGUGUCGACCCUCCACCAUGAGGCUAACGCUGCAGCUUUGAGAAAGAAACACGCUGACAGUGUGGCUAAGCUUGGAGAGCAGAUUGACAACCUGCAGCGGGUCAAACAGAAGCUGGAGAAGGAGAAGAGUGAGUACAAGAUGGAGAUUGAUGACCUGUCCAGCAGCAUAGAGGUCGUGGUCAAGUCAAAGAUUAAUUAUGAAAAGCUGUGUCACUCUCUGGAAGACCAACUGAGUGAAUACCAGGCAAAACAUGACGAGAACACCCGUCUGAUCAUUGACAUAAAUGCUCAAAGAGCACGACUUCAGAAUGAAAACGGAGAGUUUUCUUGUCUUCUUGAGGAGAAAGAAGCGAUACUGUCUCAGAUGUCGAGGGCAAAGCUGGCCUCCACUCAGCAUGUUGAGGAGCUGAAGAGGCAGGUUGAAGAAGAAACAAAGGCUAAGAACGCCCUCGCUCAUGCUCUCCAUUCUUCCCGUCAUGACUGUGAUCUGCUGAGGGAGCAGUUCGAGGAGGAGCAGGAGGCCAAGGCUGAGCUCCAAAGAGCCAUGUCCAAGGCCAACAGUGAGGUGGCCCAGUGGAGAACCAAAUAUGAGACUGACACCAUCCAGCGCAAUGACGAACUGGAGGAAGCCAAGAAAAAGCUUGCCCAGCGCUUGCAGGAGGCAGAGGAGGCCAUUGAGGCUGUGAAUGCCAAGUGCUCGUCUUUGGAGAAGACGAAGCAGAGACUGCAAGGAGAGGUGGAGGACCUCAUGGCUGAUGUGGAAAGGGCCAACGCUCAAGCAGCUGGCCUGGACAAGAAGCAGAGGAGCUUUGAUAAAAUUCUGUCCGAGUGGAAGCAGAACUAUGAAGAGAGACAGGCUGAGCUGGACGGAUCACAGAAGGAGACUCGCUCCCUCAGCACUGAGCUCUUCAAAAUGAAGAACUCCUAUGAGGAAGUUCUGGAGCACCUGGAGGUCCUCAAACGAGAGAAUAAAAACUUGCAACAGGAAAUCUCUGAUUUGACUGAACAACUUGGAGAGAACAGUAAAGCCGUCUAUGAGCUAGAGAAGAUGAAGAAACAAACUGAAAUGGAGAAGACGGAGAUCCAGACUGCUCUGGAAGAAGCUGAGGCUUCUCUAGAACAUGAAGAAUCCAAAAUUCUGCGUGUUCAGCUCGAGCUCGCUCAGGUCAAAGGAGAGGUCGAUCGCAGGCUGGCUGAGAAGGAUGAGCAGAUCCAGCAGAUGAAACACAACAACCAGCGCAUUGUGGAAACAAUGCGCUCCACCUUAGAUGCUGAGACACGCAGCAAGAACGAUGCCAUGAGAAUCAGGAAGAAGAUGGAGGCUGACCUCAAUGAGAUGGAGAUUCAGCUGAGCCACGCCAGUCGUCAGGCAGCUGAAUCCCAGAAGCAGCUGAGGAACAUCCAAGUCCACCUCAAGGAACAAACCCUUCACCUGGACGAGGCCCUGCGGAGCCAGGAGGACCUGAAGGAGCAGGUGGCCAUGGCGGAGCGCAGGUGCUGCCUGAUGGAGGCAGAGGUGGAGGAGCUCAGGGCUGCCCUGGAACAGUCGGAGAGAAGCCGCAAAUUAGCUGAACAGGAACUGACUGAUGCUUCUGAGAGAGUAGGACUACUGCACUCUCAGAACACAAGUCUCCUCAACUCCAAGAAGAAGCUGGAUGCAGAUGUCAGCCAGCUGCAGGGUGAAGUGGAGGAUGCAAUCCAAGAGGCUCGCAAUGCAGAGGAGAAAGCCAAGAAGGCAGUCACUGAUGCAGCCAUGAUGGCAGAGCAGCUGAAGAAAGAACAGGACACCAGCAGCCACCUGGAGCGGAUGAAGAAGAACCUGGAGGUGUCCGUGAAGGAUCUGCAGCAUCGCCUUGAUGAGGCUGAGAACCUGGCUUUGAAGGGGGGCAAGAAACAGCUCCAGAAACUGGAAGCCCGGGUGCGUGAACUGGAGGGUGAAGUGGAGAGCGAGCAGAAAAGAGCUGCUGAUGCCAUCAAGGGAAUCCGUAAAUAUGAGAGGAGAGUAAAGGAGCUCGCUUACCAGACUGAAGAAGACAAGAAGACUGUGCUGAGACUGCAGGACCUGACAGACAAGCUGCAGCUCAAAGUCAAGGCGUACAAACGGCAGACUGAAGAAGCUGAGGAGCAGGCCAGUGCUCACCUCGCAAAGCUAAGGAAGGUGCAGCAUGAGCUGGAGGAGGCACAGGAGCGGGCUGACAUCGCUGAGUCCCAAGUCAACAAGUUGAGAACCAAGAGCAGAGAGUUUGGAAAGGCUGCUGAAUCUGAGUAGACCUUCCAGCGAUGACACAGAACACCUCCUCUGUACAAGCAGAAACUCACCAGAAUAAACAAACCUUACAUUAGCACUAACUCUUACUUUGCUGUGUGAUUGUAGCAGAAUUAAACGAUGUGAAGCAUUAGCUGUCUGUUUUUCUCCACAUCUUAGUGUCUUCCAUUAGAUAUACUGUAUGGUCAAACAUAACCAUACUGUAUCUCUGAAUAUCAACACAUGAAUACAAACUGUUUAUUACAGUUCCUGAUAAAUUGCCAGAUUAGUAUGAACUUAUAUGCACUUUAUAGUGCUAAAUAGCCAAUUAGAGGAGUUACAGUUACUGUAACAGACCCCCCUCAGUGUGUUCAGUUUAUAGCAGUCCCCUCAAUGUAUUCAGUUUAUAGCAGUCCCCUCAAUGUGUUCAGUUUAUAGCAGUCCCCUCAGUGUGUUUGCAGAGAUCAGGGCAGAUCACAGCAGAAUGCUGCUUCAGAGUUAAAAUAGCCACCCUCUGCACUGUCACUCAUCUACAUACAAUACUAGCAUGAGAGAAGUGGAUUAAGCAUGAUUAGACCAGAAUAAUCAAAGGAGCACACGGACCAAUCAGAAAGGCUUUUGCUUUUGUCCCUGUCCUCAUCAUUACAGGAAUGUCAUUUGUCUGAGACCCAGAUUAGAAGUCAAAGUUGACAUGGAAGUUCAAUAUCUAUAAUUUCAUUUUACAUACAUGGACAUAGCUGAAGAUGGACAGAAAAGUAAAGAGAAAGAGAGGAGAGACAUCAGCAAAGAGAGACAGACAGGCUGGAAACACAAUAGAAACAAAUAAGUCCAAAAGCUCCAAAAAAUAGAUGAAUAUAUAAAAGCAGUGAUAGGACCACAAACAUGUUCAAUACAUUCUCAUUCAUCGGUAUGAUGAAUCAUUUUUAUUGAAAGGAAAAUCUUUUUGACUCUAUAUACUGAAGCUUGUUCGCUGCAUGAAAUAAAUGAAUAAAGGGGUUUAAUUAAUUAAUAAAUACGCUUUCAUUAUUUUGUAAUGCGUAUAACUUCACCCAGCCUGCAUGGGCAGAGCAGUGUGCACAUUUUCAAACAAAGAGUGCAGAAAUAGAAACACAGAUAAAGUACAAGUAUCUCAGACUUAGACUGUACUAAAUUAAAACAUUUUCACUACUAACUUUAUAUUAAGAGCUUAUGAAGUAAAAAAAGAAACAGGGAGUUUCUGCAGUAACGUAACGAGUCCCUGUUUGAUUGUGUGUAUAUGGGCGGGUCCUCACCCUUCAUGACACACUGUCAUCGGUGACAUGAAGACUGAUUGAGAACAAAACUUUGUUUCACAUGAUGGUACCUCUAAUGAAUAAUCACAUGUAAAAAAUAAAAUGUGGAUUUCAUUCAGGCAGUUUAAACACUUGAUCUCAGGCUCCAGCCCUGCAUAUGAUUCCGAGCGUUUAUGUAGUAAUUGAUGUAAUACAAAUUUGUAUGUGAAGAGAUUGAUCUAAGAGAUCUAGAGAAUGAUCUAAGUUCAUUACAUUUAAGGUUCGGACCCUAAUAUUAUACAAUACUGUAUUAGCACUCCAACCCAGCAUUCCAGUGUCAUCUGUAAUGCCAGUGACAACAGCUAGAGGGCUGCCUUAAACAAGAGAAGAAACAUGAAGGAGAAAGACCAAAAACAAUGUGAAGAUCAGAGAGUGAGAAUGAAUUAGUGUUCUGUGUAUAAAGUGUGUCAUAAAGACUCUUCUCAAAAUAUAGAACUCAGAGAAUCAAAGACUGAACACUAGAGACAUUCAAGAUACACAUACAGUCACUUACAAACUGUAACAUUGACAUUUAUCUCCAUCCAGUCUGUAUCGUAUGUAUGCAACAUAACAAUCAAGAAACAUUGUCCUUACUCAGAAAAACACACUGACCACUUUAAAAAUGUGCUGGCGACAACAAGACUUGACCUGUUUCAGGAUAGUUAGCAGGGCAAGUUUAACACACAAGGGAGCCCUGAGGUAAUGAAUGAAUUAUAGUAGUAAUUAAUGUUAUUUAAUUAGGGAUUAGAUACAUUUUUACAAAGCUAAAUUGUCAUUACAUGAUAGCUGAUAAGUUCCAAGAUAUUUCACCUCUUGACCAGAAUGCUCGAUGCCAAAUCUUUGGUCCCCUUGCCUCCAGAUUCUGCAUUCAUAUGCAGACAUCUGUUUAUAGAGGUUAGGUCUCCACUAACACUUGAGAAAAAUAUCUGUCUCGUCAGCUGCCAAGCGUUCCGCUAUGUUCACCAGCUGGUUUCAGUGUGUGUCUGCUGUUUGGUGCUCAGCGGGUCAUACGCUGGGUUUAUCACAACAUCUCUGCCAAAAAACAGCUGCUUUAUGAGAGCACGGAGACUCAACCAAAACAAUCAAGUUUGAGGUCGCAAACCAAAAACAAGAGCUGAGAGG